AUGCCGGAUCAGACCACAAUGGAAGAGCAGACACUUCGAGACGCAGAGCUCGUCUAUAACUACCACCGCACGCGCAUGCCCCUCCCCGCCAGCGCAGACGCCGUCUUCUGCCUCUGCAGCCUGGACCUCCGCGUCGCCCACCGAGCCGCACAGCUCCACCUCGACGGCUACGGGCGCUACCUCAUCUUCUCAGGCGGUGCCGGGAAGCUGACCGAGAACCGCUUCACCAAGCCGGAGGCCGAGGUCUUCGCCGAUAUCGCGCGGGCCAAGGGCGUGCCGGAGGAGGCCAUCAUCGUCGAGCCGCGGUCGACGAACACGGGCGAGAAUGUGCGUUUUACUCACGCAUUGCUGCGUCAGCGAGGGCUGCUCGAAGGAGAGGGCAGGAUUCGGAACUUCAUUCUGGUGCAGAAACCGUACAUGGAGAGGAGGACCUAUGCCACUUUUAUGAAGCAGUGGCCUGGCAUUAAUCGAACAGACAUUGCGGAUGACGAGAAGGUCAAAUUCAGCGUUACGUCACCGCAACUGGAAUUUUCGGAAUACCCCGACGAGGGUAAUCCGCGGGGCCUGGUUAUCAACAUCAUGGUUGGGGAUCUCAUCAGAAUUCGAGACUAUCCUGCCAAGGGAUACCAAAUAGAGCAGCCCAUUCCCGGAGACGUUUGGGAGGCUGGCCAAAGGUUGAUCGAGGCUGGGUUUAAUGGGCAUCUUCCUUAG